AUGUCCAUUUGCGCUAAACGUAUCAUAAGUGCUGUUCCUAACCGGAUAUUAAACAACGUCAUUGUGCUUGCUAUCCAAUUCAACACAAUCAUGGCGAAAAAACGAAGCAUCUUCCGAACCUCCAGCGCAUUGAUCGACUUUGAAGAAUGCAAGUUCAAGAAUAACAUUGUGCAAAAGCUUGGCGGUGAAGACCAGUUUCAAUUCUUGGUCAUCUCCUUUUGCGAACGCAUCCGAAACGAUCGCUUGCUGAAGAAGUGCUACAAGAACCUCGAUGACAAAUCUCUCAUUGAUCUUCAAAAGGAUAUGAUCCUGACAUCCUUCGUGGAUGUCUCACCAGCCGAAUACGAAAUUCUUCGAUCCAAACUCAUUUUGAGGCAUCAUCUCACCUUCCAAGAAGGCCGCCUUCCCCAGAAACAGUAUGAAGCCUUGGAAAAGAAUUUUGAAGAUGCUAUGAGAGAUGUGUGGGUGGAAGAAGAAGUCUUGGAGCUAUGUAGAGGCUACUUUGGAGCCAUUGAAUCGGUUCUCAAAGACUCCAGCUCAAUGACUAGACGAAGUAAGAUCGAAGAUGACGCCUACGUCAACAGACUAUCUUUUGGCAUGACAGGCAAGCUUGCCUUUGUCCACUAG